CUUCCUCCCUUCCUAGACUUUCGAGAAACCGCAUUUCCGCUUCUGGCCUAAGAAAUCGUGGAGCCCUGGAGAUAAAGGUGCAGGGAGGGGACUGGCUGUUUCUUGCACUCAUCCCCUCCCCCACUUCUCUUUUGCUUUUUUCUUCCCUCGGGACAUUUCCCCCCUUGCGGUCUGUCUUCCAAACAAGUCUGUGCUUCCCCUCAGACCUGACUGGGGAGGAGGUUCCAACCCCCAGGAGAUGCUCUAAAAGAUCGAGCCUCUGCAGAGGCAACAAGACAGUUGCUGGUGGAGAGGCAGACAAGAUAGAAAACAAAAUCCUGAAUCCGGGAAGUUAACACCAAGCAGGAAGGUGACUGAAGCAAACACUGGAAUGCUGAGAGCUUGGGCAGACAAUGAAGACUUGCCAUUGGACUUUCAUGACUGGAAAAGAGAAACAAGGAAAAAUGAUUGGCUCCUACAAAUUCAAGUUCAUUUUUGGAUCUUGCCUGCUGCUGACUCUCACCUCAUGUGACACAGCAUUGGGCAGGGCAUCACAGAAGCAGCCAUCCCAGCAGGAACAGGAGAUGACUCAGGAAAAGGUUAAGUUGGAGGAUCUACCAUCACCAUUGCCGGAUCCCACUGAAAAGGUUGAAGAUGACCAUGAAAAGAGCAACCCCAGUCUGGAAGAACAGUCUUCUGCCUCUAAAUGUUUCCGGUGUUGUGAUUCUGGCUACCCCAUGUACCAGCCAAUGCCAAUGCCUCAGAUAAAUAUCACUAUCUUAAAAGGUGAAAAGGGUGACAGAGGAGAGAGAGGUCUCCAAGGAAAAUUUGGCAAAACAGGUUCAAUAGGUGCCAGAGGUCAUGUUGGACCAAAGGGACAAAAGGGCACAAUGGGGGCUCCUGGAGAUCGAUGUAAGAACCACUAUGCUGCCUUCUCAGUGGGGCGGAAGAAGCCCUUGCACAGCAAUGAUUACUACCAGACACUGAUUUUUGACAUGGAAUUUGUCAACCUCUACAGUCACUUCAACAUGUUCACAGGUAAAUUCUACUGCUACGUGCCUGGCAUCUACUUCUUUAGCCUCAAUGUGCACACUUGGAACCAGAAGGAAACUUAUCUCCAUAUCAUGAAGAAUGAUGCUGAAGUGGUGAUACUAUAUGCCCAGGUGAGCGACCGAAGCAUCAUGCAGAGCCAGAGCCUGAUGCUGGAGCUUCAGGAACAGGAUGAGGUGUGGGUACGGCUCUUCAAGGGGGAGCGAGAGAAUGCCAUCUUCAGUGAUGAGUUUGACACCUACAUCACCUUUAGUGGGUAUCUGGUUAAACAUAAUGCUGAGCCAUAAGCCAGCUCAUCAACCUAUUUCCUGACCCCAGAGGCUAACUACAGUCUUUUAAUCUUUUCAUGGCCAGCUUCUUCUCUCUUUGAUAUCCAAGCACCAGGAUGAAACCCUCCUGAAAUGCCACUCUCCUAGUUUACUGCUUCCACUCCAUCUGCA